AUGCCACCGAGGAUCCCACGAUGCGCUCUGGCACGAGCCGCUCGAGGCCGCUCUCUGGCCGCAGCACAAAUCCUAGCUGUACCUUCGGCUGUUCGAGCUCAAUCUAAUUGGGCAACAGCGAUCGACCAGGCCAAGAACCUCGUACAAGAUCAACUUGCUCAGUUUCCGACCUCCUCGCGGUCUCCAGCGUCGUCAUCUUCGUCUUCGACGAGCGCAUCUGAUGCAGCUUCCUUCUUCGGCGCCUCCAGCAGUAGCCCCUCCUCCUCCACAACCUCCUCAACUUCCACCUCGCCGCCACCACAGACACCCAUCAUCCAAGACCCAUUAUCUCUAGUCUCAUCCGAACUUUCCUCUCUCCGCUCCAACGUCUCCUCGCUCCUCGGCUCUGGCCAUCCCAGUCUCGACACAAUAGCAAAAUACUACUUCCAAGCAGAAGGCAAGCAUGUUCGACCGCUCAUCGUCCUUCUCAUGUCCAAAGCCGUCAACGGUCUCUCCCCUCUCUACCCCGACCUGCUCUCCCAAGCCCAGAACACAUCCUCACGCAGCGAUACCGGCAAAUCUAUCGAACGCGAUAUGGGCAUCAACGAGCCUCUCUCUCCUGGCAGCGUACUGAACGAUUUCAACCCGCAUAUGGAAAGCAUCGAGGGCUCUCUCCCCUCUGCAAGCGUGGAUGAUGGAACUGCUGCUGCUGCACUUUCUUCUGCUACAGGAGCUAUUUUGCCAACACAAAGAAGAUUGGCCGAGAUCACAGAGAUGAUCCACGUAGCUUCGUUGUUGCAUGACGACGUGAUUGAUGCUUCGCCUUUACGACGUGGUGCGCCUUCCGCACCAUCGGCGUUUGGGAGUAAGCUUAGUAUCUUGGGUGGAGACUUUUUGCUGGGUCGUGCAUCGGUUGCUCUGGCUCGUUUACGAGAUGCUGAAGUGGUUGAAUUGCUCGCGACAGUCAUUGCGAAUCUUGUAGAGGGUGAGGUCAUGCAGCUCAAAUCUCAAGCCGCAUCCUCUUCCGCUGCAGAGGAGUCAGGAUCAGCUAAGAACAUCUGGGAAUCAGAAGGUCUACUGGCACAUAACAUGGGGCUUGACCCCUCCUCAUCCCAGCGUUCCUUUGUUAGCGCGACACCAAACCAACCCACUCCAGGCCAUUUCUCACUCUACCUGCAAAAGACAUACCUCAAAACCGCCGCUCUUAUCGCAAAAUCCACCCGCGCAGCAGUAAUCCUAGCAGGAUGCGGCUCAGACGCUGUCUUCAAAGCAAACCUUCCUUCUUCCGUCGCCGAAGAAAUGCGUCUCAUUCGUGAUGCAGCUUACGGCUACGGCCGAAAUAUCGGUAUGGCCUUCCAGUUGGUGGACGAUCUUUUGGAUUUCCAAUCAACCUCAGCUGCAUUCGGCAAACCUUCCGGUGGAGCAGACCUAAGGCUCGGCUUGGCUACAGCACCAGUCUUGUACGCAUGGCAAGAAUUGCCUGGUGAAGGGAUCCACGAACUGGUAGCAAGAAGGUUCGAAGGUGAAGGUGAUGUAGAAAAGAUGUUGAAAUUGGUGGAUAGAAGUCAAGGGUUGAAGAGAACGGCGGAGUUGGCGAAGGAACAUGCAAGGAGGGCGAGAGAAUGGUUGGGCGUGCUUCCAGAGUCAAAGGCCAAGCAGGCGCUGAUCAAAUUGAAUGAACAGGUGAUUAAGCGUGUCAAGUAG